AUGUCCACCAACUGCAAGGUUAAUCUCCCGACAAACCCCCUCCCGACUGAGAUCACUAGGGCUGAGAUCAUCCGCAAAGCCAUGAGCCUCAACAACUUUUUGAACAAGCCAACUGCGGACCUCAAGGGGGGCGAGGCACAUGAACCAGCUUCGCCUCAUGAUCCGCCCACUUGUAUGAAAGAUGAGGUCUCGCCGCCUAGUGUGUCCUCAGACACCCCUGUGGCCGAGCCAGUAGUGCCUGGUAGUAGCUCAGAGCAAGCAGAUGACGAGGACGAGGACGACGUCCCCGACUCCCAGCGCGAAUUCAUCUGCAUGAACGACCGACACACACGUUGUCAGACCGGUCAGUACACCAAAGACCUGUCGCGCAAGGUCAUCUCGGAUCACUUUGGCCGCAACAAGGCCUGUACGCGUGACAUUACAGAGUGGCCACUCUUCUGCCGCAAGCACUACCAGCGUGCGACUUACGACAAGACAAA